AUGGUUGACGGUGUCGUCGACGGGGUGACUGUCGAUGAAGAGGCGCAGAGGUGGGUAAGGGUAUCAGUGAUGGCUGAUGGUGUCGUCGGAGGGGUGCUGUCGUUGAAGAAUCACACAGGUGGGAACAAUGUUUUCAUUCUAUUCUUCUUCCAAAUAUACAAUGGCUGGAGUGGUUCGUUUAAUGUUGAUCCGGUGUAUUCAAUAUUGUACCCCAUAAUCUUCACAAGCCUUCAACCGAUCAUUGUUGGUGUGGUUGAUCAAGAUGUACCAGCUGGUGAAUUGUUGUCAAAUCCACUACUGUACUCACAAGGCCGCAGAGGAACGAAAUACACAUACCAACUGUUUGCUAUCAAUACCCUCGAUGGAAUCUGGCAGGCAGCCGUUGUAUUCUUCACUUCUUAUUUAGUAAGUUUUUCUUCACACACUAAAUUGAGCACGAACUUUUUUUUACCAAAUGUGUACACGACAUUCACUGAUCAGGAGUGUGAGCUAUGGCAGUUCGGAUUUUUCAUCGCAUCCAGCAUGAUGUUCACCAACACCGUACAUCUUGGUGUGGAAGUGCGAUAUUGGGUAAGUGUAUGCUGCUGUUGA